UUUUUCCGUAUUUUACGACUUUUUUUGCAAGCACUCUAGCGGCAAGGGAAAGCAUUUUGGAAAAAAAUGUCAAGAGACAAAAAUGUUCAGGACACAUUUCUCUAUCCGCUCUGAUAAUUUGAGAAAAAUCUGUGACAGUGCGUUGAGCACGCUAUGCUGGAAAAGUGCGUUUCUAUCGUGCAUUGCCUCUUAUGUCAUUUGACAUGUUAUUUUCCUCUGAUAUAAUGGCCUAGACCGCAUCCGUGUAGAAUGACUAUUCUUAUUUCUCUUUCUGAAAUAAAUAAAAUUUAAACUAAACUGAACGAAAAAUAUAGAAUAAAGAAAAACAUGAAGUUCGCUCAUAUUGUAUGUAAUAGAGCCUUAGCGUAUAGCAAAUCUUUUUUAAUCGCAUACAGGAAUACAAAUGUGACAUUAGGUAGCCUAUGCGGAAGGCAAGAAAAGGAUUUUUUUCUCGCAUCUUCUUCGUGUUCUAUGGAAAUGACGUAUGAGAAACUUUUGUUUUCACUCAUACAAAAUAAAAUAUUUUAACUGAUCGUUGUACAAUUUCUUCUUGAUUAGAGAAACAAAGCGGGAUGUGGAAUGUGAUUCUUCAGAAAUGUGAUUUUUCAUUGCAUUCGACAAUCCCAUCAUGGGCGUGGCGGUGUUUUGUGGGAUUCAGUUCAGUCUUUAGAAAAAAAGAACUUUCAUUUCGUUGGAAUGAAUGACCACGAGAUGAGAAAGAUGAAGAUAAAGAUAAAGAUGAAGAAUAAGAUGAAGAAAAAGAUGAUGAAGGUAAAGAUGAUGAAGAUAAAGAUGAUGAGGAUAAAGAUGAAGGUAAAGAUGAAGGUAAAGAUGAUGAAGAUAAAGAUGAAGGUAAAGAUGGAGGUGAUAAAGAAGUUGUUCUUGCUUGA